UUCGUUUGGUUGCCGCAGGUACCGGCGGCAGCGGCAGCGUCAACAUUCGGCGUCAACUCCUGUUCGUUUCGUUGCCGCAGACAGCUGCGUCUGACGCCGCGUCCGAACGCCGCGUCCUGCGGCUGACGCCGAUAAAACCUGCGGUCGCGACAUAAAACCUGCGGCCAAUAAGGCUCUCUCAUUUCAGGCUCCAUUGAUCUCAGGUUUGCUCAGACCUAGUGGAAAAGACUCAGAUCUUCUCAAGCUCAUUCUCUCAAGCUCAGACCCUCUCAAACUCACUCUCUACUGCUGUUCCUCUCACUUUUUAAGAUGUCGACGUCAAAAGAUAAUUGGAAACCUGAGGAAACUAGGUAUUUUUUCCAACUCUACGCGGAAGAGAGAAGAAAAGGAAAUAAGGUUGGUCAGCAAAUGAAUAAAGUAGGAAAAAAGAACAUCAUGGAUGCGUUUGAGCUGAGGUUUAAGAAGGGAUUUUCCGAUUGGAAGAGGGACUACAAGAACAAGUACGACAGCAGCAGAAAAAAAUACAUCAGGAUUAGGAUGCUGACUCAGAACAGGACAGGACUUGGGUAUGAUAACAUGGGAAGGAUCGACAUGUCAGAUGAUUGGUGGAAAGAGCGCGAAAGGGAGUGUCCAGGAAUUAGAAAAGCCUUCUGCAAAGAAAUUGAUAACAUGGAUAUGUUUGAAGCAGAAUUUGGUGGUGUAGUAGUUACUGGAGCAGAAGGUUGGAGUGCUCAACAUGGAGAAGCAAGCUUGAAUUCGAGAGUUGGUGGAGAUAUUGCUGAGGAUGAAGCUGAUUCUCAGCCAGCAGCAGAGACAGAAACCCAGGGCCAAGCUCCUCGCCAAACUCAACCAGCAGCUCAGACUCAUUCUGGAGGUUCAAGAGCAAAACGAAGGCGUAAGGAGAAAGAUGUGGCUGUGGAGGCAUGUGAAAAAAGGACAGCUGCUCUUGAAGUGAAGAAUAUGCUAGCAAAACAAUUGAUGGAGCGUGAACAACCAUUCAGUGUUGAGACCGUAUAA